AUGUUCACCAAACAAGUACUAACAUUAACAAUUCUAAUUGUGACAAUAUCUUUGGCACAAUCCCAAAGUCACAACGCCCAAUUCGGAUACCGAGUUGCCGGAGACAGAUUGCUCUACUCUACAAUUCAACACAGAGAAUUCACCACUUUGGGAAUUGUCAAGAAGGAUGUACCAUUCCCUCCAGAAGGACACACCAAUUCGGCCAUCAUAACAUUUAUUAAUGUUACUGACCAAUAUUUGGAUGAUAAUGGUGGUUAUGCAACUCUUCUUGAAGGCGGAGUCAACUAUAAUCACACGACUGUGCAUUUGACCAGCCAGAGGGGACAUUGUUUUAAUUUCCAAAUUGAUAUUUAUGGAAUGUGA